AAGUGUUGUACAGGUACUAGAUAAAAAGCAUUGGUGGAUCAAACAUAACUGUACUUUGAAGUUUCCCUAUCACCCUCACAACGACUCUUGGCAUCUUAUGCACUGUCUUCAUCUUCAAAUUCUCAUAAUUAUUCUUUUUUUCCACAUAAAUUCUCUCUCUUCAGUCCCAAGUCCAAAUUAACAUGCCCCGUUUUGUAUCCUCGUAAUUGCUCUAUAUAAGUUUCGUACUUUGUUUCGGAUUUCAUUAAUUAGGGCCAAGCUUUAGGUUUUAUUUAUACCUGUCUAUUGUGUUUGUUUUAUUGGUGCUACUGGAAAUGGCUCCAUGGGGCGGGCUAUCUUGCUGUUUAAGUGCAGCUGCUCUUUAUCUUCUCGGAAGAAGCAGUGGAAGAGAUGCUGAAGUGCUUAAAUCUGUUACAAGGGUUAAUCAAUUGAAGGAUCUUGCCCAACUACUAGAUACUGCAUCCAAGGUGUUGCCUCUGGUGGUUACUAUAUCUGGAAGGGUUGGUGCAGAUACACCAAUUAACUGUGAGUACAGUGGUCUACGAGGCGUGAUAGUGGAAGAAACUGCCGAACAACAUUUUCUGAAACACAAUGAUGCAGGAUCUUGGAUACAGGAUUCUGCUUUGAUGCUCUCGAUGUGUAAAGAAGUUCCGUGGUACCUGGACGAUGGAACAGGUCGCACUUUUGUAGUUGGUGGUCGUGGUGCCACGGAUUUGGUACUGACAGUUGGAAGUGAAGUCUUUGAGGAAGUGGGGCGAUCAUUUGUGCGAGGGACAUUGGAUUAUCUCCAAGGUCUUAAGAUGCUUGGAGUGAAGAGGAUUGAACGUGUGCUGCCAGUUGGUACUCCUUUGACUGUUGUUGGUGAGGCUGUUAAAGAUGACAUUGGGACAGUUCGGGUCCAGCGACCACACAAAGGCCCGUUUUAUAUCUCUCAUAAAACUAUUGACCAGCUCAUUGCAAAUCUUGGGAGAUGGGCAAGGUGGUACAAGUAUGCUUCAAUGGGGUUUUCUGCCGUCGGUGUAUAUCUACUUAUGAAGCAUGUUUUUCAUUUUGUGAUGGAAAGGAAGCGUCACUGGGAAUUGCGCAGGAGAGUUCUUGAUGCUGCUGCUAAAAGAGCAGGACAUGAGGAUGAAGGUUCUAAUGCUACAGCUGAGAAUGGAGUGGAUAAUAAAAAGGACCAGUUAAUGCCAGAUCUAUGCGUUAUAUGUCUAGAGCAGGAAUACAACUCAGUUUUUGUCCCGUGUGGUCAUAUGUGCUGUUGCAUGACGUGCUCUUCACACUUGGGAAACUGCCCACUUUGUAGGAGACGGAUCGAGCAGGUUGUGAAAACUUUUCGUCAUUGAUCUGCACAUUAUUUCAUAGCCUUAGGUAACAGCACACAUGGAUGAGCAGAAAGCCAAUUCUCUCGCUCCCUUGUUGAAUUGUCUGUUGAAGUAAUCCUUUUCUCGCUCACACAAUCAAAUUUCUGGUUCUAAUAAUAGCUCAUGCAAAAGUUUAUGCAAGUGUUAGCCGUUUUUGAAACUCGGAUAUUAACUUGUAGAUAGUAUUGAGCUGGAAUUAGUCAUAAAUUGGAGAGUUGUAUGCCGUUAUGAUGUAUAGGCUCCAUUCAUGCAAUUAUCCUCCAUUGUGCUUC